UCUUUAUUUUCUUUCACUCUCAAAUCUCAAACCCUCUCCUCAACUCGACGGAGAAAGCAGCAAAAAUGUUAGACAUCAAUCUAUUUAGAGAAGACAAAGGAGGCAACCCAGAAAUCAUCCGCGAAUCUCAACGUCGAAGAUUUGGAAGUGUUGAACUCGUCGAUGAGGUUAUACGCCUAGACAUAGAAUGGCGUCAACGUCAAUUCGAAUUGGAUAAUUUGAGGAAAGAUUUAAAUAAGAUCAGCAAAGAAGUUGGGAAACUUAAAAUUUCUGGUGAAGAUGCUACUGGAAAGAUUAAAAGCUCAGAGGAGUGCAAGCAGUCGAUAGCUGCCAAGGAUGCUGAAGUACAAGCAGCAAAAGAUUUGUUGUAUUCUAAGUUGGAUUUGAUUGGAAACUUAGUUCAUGAUUCUGUUCCUGUUGACAAUGAUGAGGCUAAUAAUUUGGUAGUCCGAACAUGGGGAGAGAAAAGGACAGAACCUAAGUUGAAAAAUCACGUUGAACUUGUUGAGCUUCUUGGAAUUGCUGAUCUCAAGAAAGGUGCUAAUGUUGCUGGAGGAAGAGGUUUCUACUUGAAAGGAGUUGGGGUACUUCUUAAUCAGGCACUUAUCAAUUUUGGUUUUGCAUUCUUGGGAAAGCGGAACUAUACCCUUCUACAAACUCCAUUCUUCAUGAGAAAAGAUAUAAUGGCAAAGUGUGCUCAGCUAGCUCAAUUCGACGAAGAACUUUACAAAGUCACAGGUGAGGGAGAUGAUAAGUAUCUGAUUGCCACAGCUGAACAGCCACUGUGUGCAUAUCAUCUAGAUGAUUGGAUCCAUCCUACACAACUGCCAAUAAGAUAUGCAGGGUACUCUACUUGUUUCCGCAAAGAAGCUGGUUCACAUGGUCGAGAUACUUUAGGUAUUUUCCGAGUUCAUCAGUUCGAGAAGGUAGAACAAUUUUGCAUGACCAGCCCAAAUGCUACCGACUCCUGGGAAAUGCACGAGGAAAUGAUUAAAAACUCUGAGGACUUCUACAAGGAGCUAAACUUGCCCUAUCAAGUUGUUUCCAUUGUUUCGGGUGCUUUGAAUGAUGCAGCUGCGAAGAAGUACGAUCUUGAAGCACAUUUUCCUGCCUCAAAUGCAUACAGAGAGCUAGUUUCUUGCUCAAACUGUACCGACUUCCAGUCUAGAAGAUUGGAAAUCCGAUUUGGGCAGAAAAAGAGCAAUGACCAAGUGAAACAGUACUGUCACCUGCUAAACUCAACCCUGACAGCAACAGAGAGGACCAUUUGUUGCAUCCUUGAGAAUUAUCAGAAGGAAGAUGGUGUUGAGAUUCCAGCAGCUUUACAACCCUUCAUGGGUGGCUUGACCUUCAUCCCGUUCCAAACUCCUCCAACAGUUGAAGGCAAAGGGAAGAAAAAGUAGAAGACAGUGAUUUUGAUGAUUUUUGUUUAGAGAGAGCAAAAAAUGUAGUCAACACGCUAACUUGGGCGAUUUCUCAUAGUGAGCCCAAUUUUAUAUUUAAGGACCAAAAUUACCCCUCACUCAUCAUCAGUUUCGUUCAGGCUUUCAAGCUCUUGAUUGAAAUAUGCUUUUUGAUUACAGUGAUAUCGUAACCUUGUUUGAAUAUUUGUUAAGCCUUUUGAGUUUGUUGUUAUUUCUUUUGUUAAAUUAAGUGAAAAACAAGGUUUGAUAGUAGGAGGGGAAAUCAUAUUUUGUGGGUUUA